ACGUUCGUUCGCGCGAGUGGUGUGAUCUGCUCGUGUCUUAGGACGGUCGAUCGGACACGCGUUUUCUCUACUCUACCUGUCGAAAGUUAGUGGCCUCGUCGUUCUUCGCGCCACGUUCGCGAUUCUUAAUUGUGGGAUAUUUGAUACGAUCUUCGAAAUACAAUAAAAAGGAAGUUGAGAAUAUAAAAUAGGAAAGAGAGAGAGAAAGAGAGAAAGAAAGAGAGAGAGAGAGAAAGAGAGAGAAGUUAUUAAGCAGCUUUUUUUCCAACGGGACGUUGCGUCUCGAGAAGAAUCUUUAACCGUCGUCGGUGUUGGGUCGCGACUGCGACCCAAAACAUCAUCAGAGGUGGCGUGGGGCACGGCCGUAAUGGAAUUACAGAGCUGGUUACUCUACCAUCUCGUAGCUGUAACCGACUGCAAUCAAGUGAUGCAGUCGGCAGCUACAAUCGGUGGUGGUGGAACUUAUCCUGCUGGAGGCACCGGAAGUCGUGCUCGAGACUUGGGUCUUCGUGCUCAGAAGAAGCUAUUGGGACGAGUGGUCUCUACUGGUGCUGGAAGGUCCCUUUUAAUAGAUGACGCGACCACUUCACUCUUGGACAAUCUUUACAAGCUGAUGGAAAGGGCGACGAAGAACAAUCCAUCUCUGGAUAAAAAACAACCAGAGAAAGUUCUUAAGAAUAUUGUUAAAUUGUCCAUCAAGGUUGGGCUGUUGCAACGUAAUCAACAACUCGGUCCAACGGAUGAUGCAAAACUUGUUGAGAUCAGGACAGCUCUGAGAGCAGUAGCGAUGGCUGUGGUCUCCUUCUACGAACUCGAAUUCAGUUUCGACAAAGCGUACUUAACUCGAUCCCUCGAGCGUUGUCGAUCAGCGAUACAAGGUCUGAUAAAGCCUCACUUGACGGACAAGUCUCAGGAUCGAUGUGAUCAGGUCUUCGAUUUUCUAAGAAAUCCUGAAUUUUUAGAUUCAGUGUUUAGGCAAGAUUCCGAACACAGACCAAUCCUUGGCAUGCUAGUCAGUGAUAUAAACAAAGCCUUAGAUGCUGGACAUCUUUGACUUUUUGUAGAUUGCAUUGUGCUCGAUCGAUAUUAAUGAAAUGUCAAGAGAAGACGACGAUCGAUUGGAUCGGUUUUCGUUCGAUCUUUGCAUAGAACCGUCAAAGAGGGUUCAUUAGAAAUUUUCUUACGUGUUCGCUCUGCCCAUACACGUGCGUCGAUCAUUUUAACGACAUUUUCUUAGAAUUUACGCACGAACAUACGUACGCACGGUAGCCGAUUUUCUUUAACGCAACAACUAAAGGAAAAACGAUACACAUUUUCCGUAUACAUAUGUAAGAUAUAUAUAUCUACAUAUAGUAUACGUGAACAUCACUAGCUACACGAUCGAUGAACGUAUCUAUUGAUUUAUGCAAUAAUCGUUCAAUACUCUGCUUAAUUUAAAAAUGUCGACAUAUAUUGUGUAAACAAAUUAUAUUUAUUCGCGCGCCUAAUUGCUAGGAAUUAUUAAUAAAUAAUUAACACCUGCUACAGAAGUUCGAAUUUCGACGGUCUUGACGGAUGUUCAAAAGAGAUCCUUGGAAUUUAAUGGAGUCUCACACGUAAUGCACAUUAAAAAAAAAAAAAAAAAAAAAACAAAACAAAAAAAAAACAAAAAAAAAUACAUUCACGCGAUAGACAUUUUAUAAAUGAUAAUCACCACAUAUCUUAAUUUAACAAAAUACACAUUACUUAUGUGUACAUCUCAAGAAUAAUAUUGUAAUGUGUAUAUCUUAUCGAAAAAUUUCGAUAGCAAGGAUACGCAUUUUAUAUACAGUAUACACCUCCUCUCUUUACACGUUAUUUAUGACGAUUAUCUAUAUAGCGAAAUGUACCAAUGGUCAAUAAAUUAUUUAUAAAUGCGAAA